UGCCCACCAGAUGGCUGCAAUGCGAUGCACUGUUUCUAAACCGGGUCGUAAAAUCGUAGAAGAAAAAGCCAGCUGACAAUCCCGGAAAGGAACAAACAUUGGUUUGUUUGGCUUGGCAACCCAUCACCCUGAGCUGGGCCUAACAAUACAUAAUGCCUGAAGUCAAAUCGAUGUUCAGAGAAGUGUUGCCCAAACAAGGGCAGUUGUCCAUGGAGGAUGUCCCCACCAUGGUGCUGUGUAAGCCCAAGCUGAUGCCUCUGAAAUCAGUCACCCUGGAGAAACUGGAGAAGAUGCAACUGGAGGCCCAGGAGGCCAUCAAGCAACAGGAUCUGGCACUGAAAGAGCAGCAGGAGACACAGUAGACAUGCAAUGGCAGCCCAUGGAGUAGUAGGGUCAGUAGACACAAAAUGGACAAUAGCCAGAGUAGUUUUAUUAUCAAGCAACAGGAACUGAAUGAGCCACAAUGGAGGACAGUAGCUACACAAGUAGACACAAAAUGGACUACAGACAGAAGUUAAGAUGGAUACAAUGGAGGGCAGAGGUUCACACUAGUCACAACCUAAUAUUGCAAUAUAGCACGGUUGGCAUCAAUCUCAUGGAUUAUUUUCAUUGUUGUGAAUGUAUAAUAGCCUUGUAAUUAUGGGAAGUCUUAUUUCUGAGAGAAGUUGAAUUGGAGUUUAGGUAAAUAACAUCUGUUGUGAACAUGUUCUUCAAAUAAAACUAAGAUUUAUUUCCCCUUU